CAGAAAAUAUGCCUAAGAUUACUCUAAAUGGCAUCACAGUGGAUUUUCCUUUCCAACCGUACAAGUGCCAGGAAGAGUACAUGGCCAAAGUGCUCGAGUGCCUGCAGAAGAAGGUAAAUGGCAUUCUGGAAAGCCCUACAGGCACAGGAAAGACACUGUGCCUUCUAUGUUCCACUCUGGCUUGGCGGGAACACUUUAAAGAUACUAUCUCAGCCCGCAAAAUUGCACAACGGAUGAACGGAGUGGAACUCUUUCCUGACAGACCUCUGUCAUCCUGGGGCAAUGCUGCUGUGGAUGCUGAUAUCCCAACUUAUUACACUGACAUUCCUAAAAUAAUUUAUGCCUCCAGAACACACUCACAACUUACGCAGGUCAUUAAUGAAUUAAAGAAUACAGUCUACAGGCCAAAGAUAUGUGUUUUGGGUUCCAGAGAGCAGCUUUGCAUCAAUCCUGAAGUGAAGCGGCAGGAGAGCAACCAUGUGCAGAUCUACAUGUGCCGAAUGAAAGUGAUGGCUCGUACUUGUCAUUUCUAUAACAAUGUGGAAGAAAAGAGUACGGAGAAAGAACUGAUUGACUCUAUCAUGGAUAUUGAAGACUUGGUUAAAAAUGGGAACAAGCACAGAGCUUGUCCUUAUUAUCUCUCUCGGAGUCUGAAGCAGCAAGCAGAUAUUAUUUUUAUGCCUUACAACUAUUUACUAGACUCAAAGAGCCGGAGGGCGCACAGUUUGGACCUGAAGGGGACUGUGGUAAUACUUGAUGAAGCUCACAAUGUGGAGAAGUUAUGCGAGGAGUCGUCAUCUUUUGACUUGACACCCUACGAUUUGGCUUCGGCAAUGGAUGCUAUAAAUGUAGUACUGGAAGAACAAGCAAAAAUAGUUCAACAGAAUGAAAUAAAUGCUGAAUUCAAUAUGGAGAUGGUUAAUUCAGGACUGAACAUGGAACUUGAAGAUAUAGCAAAGAUAAAGAAAAUUCUUCUUCAGCUGGAAAGUGCUAUUGAUGCUGUGGAAUUGCCAUUAAACAACAGUGGAGUCACCAAAGAGGGAAGCUACAUCUUUGAUCUGUUUGCAGAGGCCCAAAUAACAUUCCAGACCAAAUCCUCCCUCCUGGAAUCACUUGAGCAGAUUUUACAGUUUCUUUCAGGCCGUACUGGGAUAUUUAUCAAUACAUCUGGAUUGCAUAAACUUUCAGAUAUUAUUCAGACAGUAUUCAACAUCGAUCCUCCAGAAGGCAUGACAGGUUUCAUGCCAGCCCAGUCCAUAUCCAAAUACUAUAAGGUACACAUUCAUCUCGAUAACAGUAAUCAGAAGAAGAAACAAAGGACGGAUCUGUGGAAUUCAUCAGCUGUGAAAAAACAAGGAAAGACCUUGAGCUAUUGGUGUUUCAGCCCUGGAUACAGCAUGCAUGAGCUUGUUCGACAAGGGGUCCGGACAAUUAUCCUUACCAGUGGUACACUCUCACCCCUCUCAUCUUUUACGAUGGAAAUGCAGAUCCCUUUUCCUGUUUGUUUGGAGAAUCCACAUGUUAUUGAUAAGCACCAGCUCUGGGUUGGGAUCAUUCCCAAGGGACCUGAUGGAACUGUGCUCACUUCUACCUAUGAAAAAAGGUUUUCAGAGGAAUAUUUAUCUUCUUUGGGGAAAACAAUAGGUAAUCUUGUGCGAGUUGUACCCCAUGGGCUGUUGGUGUUCUUUCCAUCGUAUCCUGUCAUGGAUAAAAGCCUGGAAUACUGGAGAGAGCAUGAUUUUGCUAAAAGAAUAGAAGAAGUGAAGCCAAUGUUUGUGGAACCAAGGAAUAAAGGAAGCUUUGCAGAGGUAAUGGAUGCAUACUAUGAUAAAAUUGUCUGUCCUAAGUCCAACGGAGCUGCUUUUUUGGCAGUAUGUCGGGGGAAGGCCAGUGAAGGCUUGGACUUUGCAGACAUGAAUGGACGAGGAGUCAUCAUUACUGGGCUUCCAUUUCCUCCUCGUAUGGAGCCAAGAAUUGUUUUAAAGAUGCAGUUCCUGGAUGAAAUGAGAAGAAGUGGUGCAGGUGCACAGUAUUUAUCUGGGCGUGAGUGGUACAGUCAGCAAGCUUCCCGGGCUGUUAAUCAGGCUAUCGGCAGGGUCAUCAGACAUCGCCAAGACUAUGGUGCCAUCUUCCUAUGUGACCAAAGGUUCACAACUGGUGAUGUAAGAGACAAGCUACCUUCAUGGGUCCGCCCUUACGUGAAGAUUUACGAUAACUUCGGGCAUGCAGUCAGAGGUGUCUCUCUGUUCUUCCGUGUUGCUCAGGAAGUUAUGCCCCCACCCCUGCCCCUAUGCCCUUCUGGCUCUGCUGCUGCCCUAAGUGAUAUGGCGCCAUCUACUUCAUCUGAGCAGAUCCCAUCUGUGAGAAAAGCCAAGAAAUUGGAUGACCAUGUUCCAAGUUUGAAGAGGAAAAGAGCAGGGAUAUCAGCAAAUAGAGAUGUAGCAUCCAGCCUAUGCACAGAAUAUGAACAAGAGCUGGUCUGCCCUAGAAGGCAAUGUGUUGGACUCUUGGAUGCAUUGGAGCAUAAUGAAAAGAGCCGUGAAGAUGCAGAGGAAGAAGAUGGCUUGCCAGGAGAGGAAAAGGCACAACGUCUCUCAACACUGUCCCUUCAGUAUGAGAAGAGGUUAACAGAUGAACAGAAAGGAGGAAGGAAGAAAAUAAAACUAGUCAGCAAUGUGCAAACAGAUAAGAUAGCAGACCUGACUGAGCCGAAGAAGGCCAGGGCUACAUCAUACAUUGCAACAGUGAAGGAAACUCUAAGCCAGGAAAACUAUGAUCUCUUCUCGAAGGCUCUUCAGCACUACAAGAAAUCAGAUGACUUCAAUGCUAUGUUAUCUCAAAUGAGCUCCCUUUUUAUAGAGGAUCAAAGCAAGCAUAUCUUGUUGCGAGAAUUUUACCAAUUUGUUCGACCUCAACAUAAAAAGCAGUUUGAUGAAGCAUGUUGUAAUCUGACUGGAGUAGGCUGUGGCUACAAACCGGAGCACAGCCUCCUGAGAGAACAGCGAGAGAUACUGGCCAACAAAAUAGCAGGAAAACAGAGCCAGCAGAAAACAACAUCCUCAAAGGACUCAUGCACUCAGCUAAACCCCGAGCUCCACUUGAACAAGGGACAUUUCCACUUAACAGGAUUGAAUAGUGCAGGGAAAAAUUCCAGCCAAGCUCCAAGGAAAGAUGCUGAAAAAGCUUCAAGCUCUAAGAGAGAAGAUUGCCACCAGAUCCUGAGGGCUACCUAUCUCAAGGAUGUGAAAAAGGCUUUGAACCAAAGCUCUUACAACCGUUUCUAUGAAGCAUUGUUAGCUUACAAGAAGACAGAUAACUAUGAUACGAUGGUAUCGGUGAUAGCAGCCCUCACCACUGAGAGGCCAGAAGACUUUCAUCUCCUACAAAGAUUUUACAUGUUUGUGCGUCCUCAUCACAAAGAGCAGUUCAGACAGAUGUGUAAAGAUUUGACUGGGAUGGUCUGCGGCGAGGGAGAGAAGAAAAUGCAACACCGGGUGCAAGAGGAAGGGAACAGUGGCUCCAAUUUGGAGAACUUGUGCACUAAAGCAGAAGACAGCAAAGCUCACAUGAAAGUUCCCAGCCAUGUACAAGCUGCUUCCAAGAGUGAGAUGCCAGAGAAGAUUCAAAGAAAGAUUUCCUCCUUCUGCUUUAGCCAAGAAAGCAAACUUGAAUUGCCAAAGACAGAAGUAUCAAAAGGAACCGGUAACAUGAGAUCACCCACAAGCUCUGGAGCUGUGCCUAUCUUUCCCCUACAGAUGGAGCCAGAGUAUGGAAGAUUCCACUGCUCUAACUGCAAAUCUGAGGAUGAUGUGCCUUUUAAAUGUCCAUUAUGUGUCUUCACUUGCUGCAAAACAUGUUGGGAGCAGCUCUUAAAGAUGAUGAAGAAAUGCCCAGAAUGCCAAAGUGAUGUGAAAAAGAAGCAAUUAAUCCAAGUUUUCUUCUGGUCAUAAUCUCACCGAGAGAAGGGACAAGUACUUCCUAUCAGCAGAAAUAUAUUUUUGGACUCUGAAUCUCAGACUGAAAGGAAACAGGAUAAAGGUCCAUUUAAAUGAACCCAGGCUCAGGAUUGCAUGCUGCACACCAUAACUUCACAUAAUGUUUUCUUUUACAAGGCUUAUCAAAUCUGAAAAGUCUGUCUCUUUCCUCUUCAUCACUGACAGGAAACAAAGCAGUAGAGUCUUCAUUUAGAACUAAGCAGCUUAAUUUCAUAUUUAUUUUAGCCUGUAAAUUUUUUAGUAACUUCUUUUAGGCUGAAAUUUUAUAUCCCGAGGCAGCUGUCAUUAAUUGUUCCCUUCAGGUAAUAUCAGAUCCUGGAAAAACCCUAACAACAGUACUACAGUGGAACUGAGCUGGCUGGCUAAGGUGGCCAGACUACCCAUCCUGUCCGAACUGGUGUUCCUGGAAAAAGUGAUGCAUGUUCUGUUGGUAUUUGGCAGCAGCUGUGGUUUCCAAUAGCAUAGAUAAUGAAAGACUGACUUUUUUUUUCCUUAAACAAAUUCCAGUGGUUGGAUAGUGAUCAGAGAAUCUUCUUGUGCCUACUUUGCACCCGCAAUCCUGAUUCUUCCAUAAUGCUGGAAUUUUAAAAACAUGGUUCUAAGGAGGGUUUAUUUUCUGCUCAGUACUGAUAUUCCUAUUGUUCGUGACGUA